AGUCAAAGCACCGACAGGCUGAGAGACUGCUGGGACGACUGGUGGUAUAAAUGUGGCCAGUGGUGUGCUGACCCAGCUUUCUGAAGUUGGACGCCAGCGCGAGGAGGCAGGAUGGUGAUAGAAAUAUCAGUGAUCAGUGUUGUGGCUGUGUUCCUGGUUUUGCUGCUGUUGAUUCUACUGAUUUGCAGUUCUGGUCAGAGAGGAGCAUCUGUAAAUGGAGACCACAAGGGCAGUGAGUCUACAGUAGCUGAUUCUGGACUGCUGCAGUGUCUCCAUCAGUUCCUUCCCGGCUCCUCCUCUCCUUCCCUCCCUGGUCCUCCCAGCUUCCCCCCCAUAGGCAACAUGAUGGAGAUGACACACGAUCACCUGCCAAUUCACCUGACCAGUCUGGCACAGCGGUACGGACACAUCUACCGCCUCAAAUGUGGAAACACAACCAUGGUUGUACUCAACAGCAGUGACGUCAUCAGAGAAGCACUGGUGAAAAAAUGGUCAGACUUUGCCGGAAGACCUGUUUCAUACACAGCGGACAUUGUGUCUGGAGGAGGGCACACCAUCUCUCUGGGAGAUUACAACGAGGAGUGGAGGGCUCAUCGCCGUCUCGUCCACGGCGCUCUGCAGCGCUGCUGCCAGCAGUCGCUGCAUGAUGUGAUCGAGAGACAGGCCCUGCAUCUGAGGAAGGUUUUGAUGGAGUAUGAAGGCAACGCUGUAGAUCUCUCGGAGGAUUUCACAGUGGCAGCCAGUAAUGUCAUCACUACUUUGGCUUUUGGAAAAGAAUAUGAUAAGAGUUCUUUGGAGCUGCAGCAGCUGCACAGCUGUCUGAAUGAGAUUGUGGCUCUGUGGGGCUCCUCCUGGAUUUCUGCCCUGGACUCCUUCCCGGUGCUCAGAAAAUUACCCAAUCCCGUGUUUGCCCGUCUCCUGAAAGAGGUGGCCAGGAGAGAUGAAAUUAUAAGAAAACAUCUCAACGAUUACAAGUCACAAGAGAGAAAAAAUGAGGAUGCCAUCACAGGAUCCCUCCUCCAGGGCGUUGAAAAACAGCACAACACAGAGCAGGGAGUGCUCCUCACAGAUGUUCAUGUUCACAUGGCCACCGUGGACCUGCUCAUCGGGGGAACGGAGACCACAGCAGCCUGGCUCAGCUGGACUGUGGCCUUCCUCCUGCACAGACCAGAGGUGCAGACCAAGGUGUAUGAGGAGAUGUGUACAGUGCUGGAGGGACGAUACCCCAAGUACAGUGACAGACACAGGCUUCCCGUGUUGUGCGCUCUCGUCCACGAGGUGCUCAGGCUGAGGCCGGUCGCCCCGCUGGCGGUGCCGCACAGAGCCAUCAGAGACAGCAGUAUUGCUGGUUAUUUCAUCCCGAAGAACACGGUCAUCAUUCCCAAUCUGUUCGGAGCUCACCACGAUCCUGCGGUGUGGCCCGACCCAUACAGCUUCAAGCCAGAGCGCUUUCUGGAGGGAGGAGGAGGCUCCACACGUGCCCUGAUGCCUUUCGGAGGAGGGGCCCGCCUCUGCCUGGGGGAGUCGGUUGCCAGAAUGGAGCUCUUUCUGUUCACGGGCUACUUGCUGAGAGAUUUCCAGUUCAUCCUCCCUGAGCGGGAGGCCUCUCUGCCCGACCUGAGAGGAGUUGCUAGUGUUGUGCUCAAGGUCAAGUCCUACACAGUUACAGCACGACCAAGAGCAGUGCCUACUCCCUGAACUAGAGGGUGUGCUGCCUAUUUCAAACUCGGGUGAUUGUUUAAAAAAAAAAAGUUAUUUGUUUGUUUUUUACCUGCUGAAGUAAAUCCAGAUCCUUCACAUGUGUGUUCAUCAAUGCUUCUGUCUCAUUGCAUCUAAUGUUUGAUAUACUGAUUAAAAUGUAUGUGAUCAUGACCAUGACCUCCUCGUCGAGGAAGAGGCCAGACAUCAGCAUCACCAGCUGAAGAGGAUUUUCUCCAGAAGGUAAAAAGAACGGAGUGAACACUGUUCAGGGGGAGCUGCAUACAAAUCAAAAUCUGGGGAAUAUGCAACUCACUGUAAAACUGAAGCUGAUCAUAUACCAGGACCUGUACAAGGGCAAGCAAUGUGUGUGAUAAAGUCUGGCAGCACCAGCCGGGGGACAACUGCUGAACAUGCUGCUGAACAUUUAAAUACCUUCCCUCCUGUGGAAAAUGUUCAGCAGACCUCCUCCUCGUCAUCACUGGGUCGGAGGAACAUCUUAUAGAGGAGUUUGUAUUCACAACAUCUAUAGGCACCUGGCUGAUAGAUAACAGUAAUAACAGGCACUACUAUAUGGUUUUAUUAUUCACACAUGUGACAGACAGAUGAAAUGUUUCAUGAAGCAGAAGGAAGAUGAAUAUGAGUUCCUCUCAUGGGCUGGUCUUAAAGAAAACUGUGAGUUCACUUCCUUAAAAUCUGUUUUGAAAUAAGCUUCUGCUGUCAGAGGAUUUAGAAAUAAGCAAGAAAAACUGAGAGGAGGAUGGCUUCAUUUUCACUGUUGAGGCUUUUUCUUCUUUCUUUGACACACGCAGCAGCUGGACUUCAGCCAUCUGGUAAUUAUGGAAAAAAAUAAAACGUUUCUAUUGUUGAUCUGCUGCACAGUUGAUUCAGGAUAUGAUUUAAUAACUAUUAUCAUCUCUGUGUUGAUGUAUUUCAUAGGAUCUUGUAAAAUAUUUGAAAUGUUCACAAUUAAAAUGAAGCUGCAACCAGUGA